UCAGAGGAGAGAAACUGUUGUUUUAAGGAUUUUGACGCUCAGGUGCAGCUUUGUCUCCUCAUCCUCGCCGCUGGGACCCAGCCGGACUCCCUGAUUGGCCGGUGCGCUGCGGUGAUGUCACCGCCUGCCUCGCUGUCCCAGUCCGGUGAGGCGUCAGGCGCAGAUCCGCGCAGGAGCUCCAGAUGGAGUUGACGCGCAAUGGGAUAACAGCUGCGGGUCUUCUGAUGAACUCGGACCGUGAGGGCUCAGAGUGCAGCUGCUGCCCGUCAUGGGGGACGGCGGCGCGUCUUCGCCGGUGAACCUCCACAACGGCACCGGGAGCGAGGCGUCCGACGCGCCGGGCUCCGCUGCGGCCGCGUCCGAGCACUGGCUGGCCGGGAUGAGCCUGGUGAUGGGUCUCAUCGUCCUGUCCAUCGUGUUCGGGAACAUCCUGGUGAUCGUGGCUAUAGCCAGGACGCAGCGGCUGCAGACGCUCACCAACGUGUUCAUCGUGUCGCUCGCGAGCGCGGACCUCAUCAUGGGGCUUCUGGUUGUGCCAUUUGGCGCGGCGCUGGAGGUGCGCGGCUCCUGGACGUACGGCUCGUUUUUCUGCGAGUUCUGGAUCUCCGUGGACGUGCUCUGCGUCACCGCCAGCAUAGAGACUCUGUGCGUAAUCGCCAUCGACAGGUAUGUGGCCAUCACCUCACCUUUCCGCUACCAGAGCUUGUUAACCAAAGCCCGCGCCAGGGCGGUGGUGUGCGUGGUGUGGGGCAUCUCCGGGCUGGUCUCCUUCCUCCCCAUCCUCAUGCACUGGUCCCGCGACAGCGUGGACACCGCCUGCUACAACGACCCCCACUGCUGCGACUUUGUGACCAACAGGGCUUACGCCAUCUCCUCAUCCAUCAUUUCCUUCUACAUUCCGCUCCUGGUCAUGAUUUUUGUUUACGCGCGGGUCUACAGAGAGGCCAAAAUGCAGCUGAGGAAGAUCGACAAGUGCGAGGGCAGGUUCCACAACACCCUCACCGGACUGACCUCCAAGUGCAAGAAGAGGCCAUCGAAGAUCCUGGCGCUCAGAGAGCAGAAGGCGCUCAAGACUCUGGGCAUCAUCAUGGGGACGUUCACCUUGUGCUGGCUGCCCUUCUUCAUCGUCAACGUGGUGCGGGUGUUCUGCGCUGAGGUGGUGGACAAGAACCUGUUUGUGUUCCUGAACUGGCUGGGCUACGUGAACUCCGCCUUCAACCCGAUCAUCUACUGCCGGAGUCCGGACUUCAGGAAGGCCUUCAAGAGGCUGCUGUGCUGCCCGAGGCAGGCAGACCGCCGGCUGCACAUCAGCUCCUGCGAUCUGUCGCGGUGCUCCGGCGGCUUUGUUUCCGCCCUGGAGCCCGGGACGCUGGAGAUGUGGUCUGACUGCGCCGCGCUGGACAAGAGCGACAGCAGCCUGAUGGGCACCGGGACACUGUCUCACUCUGAGUCCCAGAUGUGAAGGAAAAUAGUGAAAUUAACUUAUUGUUAUUGCUUAAAAAGGAAAAACAAACAAAAAGCCUUCAGCCUGUGUGAAUAAAAACCAAAUCGAUCGUCAUCUUGGGACAGGAAUUUCCUUGAAGGUGUUUUCAAAAAUGUUGAACAAAGAGACGAAAUUUGGAAAAUCCUGCAGAACCAAACACUUUCAAUAUAUAAAAAAAUCUAAAAUCCAAAUUUGCCAAAAAAAAAAGAAGGUAGUGAGCUUUUGUUAUAUAUUUUUAAACAAUUAUUUAGUUACUAAAAUAUUGUGGUUUUGUUUGUUUUGUUUUUUACUCUAAACGCAAUGGAUAAAUGACCCAAUUUAUACCUGGAGUGCAUUUUAAAAUGAUCCCACCAGAGCCGGACCAAGGCAGAGGCGAUCUAAGCUGCUGCUAUGCACUCCGUGGCCAACAGGGGGCUCUCAACGUUUCACAUUUGUUUCUGAAUUUAAAAUGAUUUAAAUUCGUUUUUAUAAAUGUCUUGACAACUUAUGAAUUUGUCAUCUUUUUUGCAAAUGUAAUUUUUGUCACAAAAGCAAACAUUUAAAUAAUUUCCAUUAGUUAUUUGAAAGUGCAUGAUGCUACUUUUAUAUUUUUCUCCAAAAGUUUCUGAAUUUCAAGUUGAAAAGAAGAAGAACGUUUUGUUUCAGAUGCAAAACAAAAGUUCUGAAAAUUAUUUUCAAGAGUGCAAAAAAAAAAAAACAGCUUCACUGUCAGAUGAAUUAAUGUAAAUAAGAAAAACCUUUAAAAUUGUUCAUUUUUAUUUUUAAUUUUUUGAUGAUUGACAUUCAGUGGAAAUUUCAGGAAACUUGAAAACACACACAAAAAAAUUAUUAUUCCUUUUGGUAGAUGUAGAAAAUGCCUAAGAACUUUUAAGUGAGAUUACAUAUAUAUAUAUAACAUGAUGUGUCAGUGAGAAAAUCAAGGAAAAACAGACAUUUUUCUGGUUGUAAAAUGUCUGAAAGUAAAUUAUACCCAAAGGAACAGCACAUCCACCAGCCUAAUUUAUUCCUAAAAGUAUUUUUUUAACCCUAAUUUUCUUAAGAUUAAGCAAUCACAUAUUUAUCCAUGGUGGGUUUUAAAAUCUACCAUGAUUUUUACAGUUAAAGCCGGCCCAAAGCAUAAGUGCACCAAGCUCCUGGUUAGGAUCCCAAACAUAACCCUAACCCUAAUCAACACUCUACAGUUCGCUAUGGACCUACUUUUAAAUGUCUCAGAGGAUUUAUGAAUAUAAUUUAUAAAAGAAGUCAUUAAAAUGUUCCUAUUAAGUUAAAUUUUUUGAUGAAAAACGAGGAUUUAGAAAGUUUUCUUGUGUUUUUAAAACAUCUACCAGCAGGUAAAGACCUAACAGAAUAUAGUUUGCUCUUAUAAAAUUGUUCACACUUACUGAAGGGAUUCAUUCACAAAAACUAAAUAUUUAAAUUUAUUGGAAAAGCAGUCUCAUUUUUAUCUGUAGAGAUGAUUAUAUAAAGCAGGUUUUAAAACAAUCCCCCAUCAUGAUGCCAGCAGCCUGUGGCAGAAGCAAGCAAAGCUGCUGCUUGGGACUCCAAACCACCAGGGGGCGCCCCAAGCAUACUAGACUACUAGAACACGGGCAUCAAAACGUCUUAUUUGUCAUCACAUUAAGAAAGCAAACUAUCAAAAACUUUCAAAUAAAUGUAGUUUUGUUUUUUUUAGGUUUAUUUUCUUUUUUUAUUUUUAUUUUGCAGUUUUUCUGAGACAACAGGGAAACAAAAUGAAACCGAUUAAAGGAUUAAGUAGCCGCAGGGGCUGCUGGGUUUAAUCCAAGCUGGGCCUCAGACACGCUGGGGUUUAUCUCUGUUGACACCAGAUAUAAGCUGUGUUUGUGACGGCUUAGCGCCCCCUGCUAGCCUGCUGGGCCUGAGAGAAAUUUAAUUCUUACACCACCUGUAAGAAUUCAAUGAGAACACAAGUUGCUCUAACAGAGAGGAAAACCUUCAAGGCUUAAAAGUUCCCACUGAGCCCGAUUUCAGCAUUAAGGCUGCAGCUGCAGCUGGGCUGUUGUGUAUGUUGGCAAAACUGCUAGUUUAAUCUCAGUGCAUGUUAAGUAUUUUUUAUUCUUUCAUUGUAGAUCCGCAGCACUUUUUUUCUUUUAUAUGAUAUUUUCUUUAUAAGUCACAUUCUGAGGUUAGAUCUGAAUAAAUAAAUGUCAUACCAGCCAGGAUCAGUUCAUCUUCAACUUUUAGAUGCACCACUUUCAUGUUGUAUACUAGAUAUUCAAAAGUAAGAAUAGACAUUGUUUAGACUGAUUUCCAACCAUAAAAUGUCCACUGAGUUAACAAGAGUUCAAAUUAAAAGAUAAUUUAAUCAUUUAUGUUUUCUCUGAGUUUAGAAAGCAUUUUUCUUACAGAUUAACCACAUGCGCUGUCAUGUUUGAAUUUAGAGAAUAAACUAUGAUUCAGGAUUUUAAUAAGUCUAUAUUUCACAUCUUUACACCCUUAGGACUACAAAAUUAUUAGGUAAUUUUAAAUUGAAUUUCUCUAUGUGUAUCUACUUUAGUAUAGCAGUUUUUGUUUACUACUUGAAAUUGUCUAAACAGCAGAAAAAUCUCAUUAAUAGCCUAAAAAAAUAGUAGAUUUUACCAUUUAAUUUCAUAUUUUCACACAAUUCUAUUUAUUAAACAGAUGAUUUGAGUCAUUCUUUCCAGUCUUAACACAUCCAGAGAUAGUCAAUUUAAUUAAUCAUUAGCUCAUUAAUUCAAUGUAUUUAACUUGUAUUGAAUUUUUUUCAGUUAGGUUUAUCAACACAGAAUCAACAAAACAAAAACAUUCAGAAAACGUCGAGCACAUUAUUAAUAAUCCUAAUAAUGAUUUAAAGCUUUCAGAUUCAGUUUAUGAUGUCAAUUUGAAAAAAGUUUCAAUCAAAGAAAGACCAGCAUCAAGUCAUAAACUUUUCUGAGCAAGUAUGUGGCGACAGUGGACGGUUUGUUUCAUUAAAAAAUUAACUUUUAAGCUCUAAAUGUAUUAAACAAAAAAUUACAAACAUCAAUACAAAAAUGCAAAAAAGUAAGAUGAAAUAUGUUUGGAGCCCCCUGAUGGCAGAGUGGUUUAACUGGUGGGCCCUUGAUAAAAAUCGGCCCCGGGCCUCAUUCAGCUUUGGUCCGGCUAUGGAGCGCUGCGAUUGAGAAACACAGCACACACAGAUUUUAAAAGAAAAAACUAAAAACAAAAAAAAAAAAAAAAAAAAAACGCACGCCCUGUCUUGUAAUUUACUCCCCCAAAUAUUUUUAUUUAUUUAUUUUUUGUCUAAAUUACUUGGAUAAGCAGUCACUUCCAUGUCUGCAGAGAUGAGGAUGAUGAUUGGCUCUCAGAUAAUCCCACAUCAUGAUGCUUACGGUACCGCUCCGGUAAGCUGGUUGAUAUUUAAAAGCAUUUGUCUUGUAUAACUCACAAUGUGUUUUUACCUCACAGCCGUCGGCAAGUGCAAUUUGUACUAUGACAGGUACUUGUUUAUAUUAAACAUCAUGUAAAAUAAGACGUGUAUUUAUUCCGCCGUGUCUUUUAAAGUGAGGAGAGUGUUUGCGGGGCGGACGCCCGUUGUACAUAUUGCAGCGCGAAGUGAUGAAAUGAUGAUGAAGAGCCUCUCUCUUGCUGUCCGUCUCCGGCUUUAAGAGCUGCUGUGAGGUGGUGCUUUAACGUCUGUGAAAAUAAAAGGAAGUUUCAAGAUCA